UAACCACUGUGGGAAUGAGGGAUAAUAAGCAGGAUACGGAAGAUCAUGGUAGUGUCCCGGGGCUCCUGAAGGAUGGUUAAGGGCGGGAAAGGAGGAGUGGUUUCGUGGGUAGGUUUGCGACGGCAUAGUAAUCAGGGCGCGCGUGGCACAAGUUUAGUCUGGACAGAAGAAAGGACGUAAGGUGUUGGAAAAUAACGAUACGAGGGUUAACAAGGACCUGGUCAUUGGAGGUUAAGAUUAUACAAUGAGCUGGACGAGGGAAGAAUGGAAGAUGGGGCUUCCCAGUCAAGCCCUACAGAAAAUUCAGGAGCUUGAAGCCCAACUGGAUAAACUGAAGAAAGAAAGACAGCAAAGGCAGUUUCAAAUGGACUCCUUGGAAGCAACUUUUGAAAAGCAUAAGCAGAAGUUGGAUGAAGCAAAACGUGAGAUCACAGCAAUGAAGCGAGAUAAUCAAAGUUUGGCAGAGUCCUGUAUCAGUCUGGAGAAAACAAGAGAAAGACUUGGCCAUGAAGUUCAGGUGAAAGAGUCCAGAAUUUGCUGCCUGGAGCAGGAACGAAACAGGUUUAAGACUGAAUUGGAAAAGCUUCAGAAUUCUCAGCAGUUAGGAGAAUCGCUGCAUUUUCUAACACCUCCACGGAGUUUCUCAGGAGUUCCUUCCUGUGGAGAAGAUUCAGAAUUUGAUGAAGUAAGAAGGCAUAGUGCUGUUUCAGAUGCCAUCCAGAGACCAGAAAAGGAGUUAAACACUUGCCAUGUUAAACAGACACUGCCAUUCACUAGCAGUCCCAAAGAGAAUCUGAAGCAGAAGGAACCACUAUUUUUUGCAUGGUCAGCUGUAACACCUAAAGAUUAUAGUGCCCAUCCAAGUGAGACAUCAUUCACAAGAGGUAGCCCUUCUGUUUUAUCACCGUGGGAGAAAGAAGAAACACCAGCUCACAGGAGCAUGAAGUCUGCAUCAUUAAAAGGUCCUAGCAGUCCUAGCGUAGUCAGUCAGAAAAAUGGAAAUGCACAAUCCACGGAAGAACUGUUAAGAAAUGAAAAUGAAGUACUGAAGAUGAAGAAUACAGUAACGGAACUAGAAGCCCAAGUUCAUACACAAGAAAGGGAGGUUAAUAACCAUUUAAAAAAAAUACAAGAUUUACAAGUCCGGCUGGAUGGGGCUAAAAAUGAGCUGGCAGCAAAAGAGCGGAGCCUUAACAAAUGCAAAGAUGAUUUGAGCAGAGAGGCAAUGCAGCGUGGUCAAGCACAUGCUAAGUGUGAAUCUCUGGAGCAGAAAACUAAGCAGUUGUCUGAAGAGUUAAAGUGCCUUCUACAGAACUCUGAAAGCUCUCGCCGCAACAUGGAACAAAGAAUGAGAAAUCAGGAAAAGGAACAUCAGCAGGAACUUGCACAGCAGGAGAAGCUGUUCAAGCACUUGGAAGAGCAGCAUGCCAGGGACAGUGCCAGACUAAGCCAGGAGCUUGAGCAGUCCAAGAAACAGUAUCUUGCUAUGCAGGCAAGCCUGGACAAGGUAACAGAAGUAGAAAUUAUUGUACAUUAUUCAUAA